AUGUCACUGGAGACGUGGGCGGUGGCCGCUGUUGCCAUCGUCGACGUGGAGGGCACGCCGCUGCUCCUGCGCACCUACACGUCUCCAAAGGACGUGCUCAACUCUCCCGCAGCCCCGCUGCACGCGCAUCUCUACGUCGGGCCAGAGGACGUGAUCAAGCUGCACUUUGUCCUCUUCGCUUCCCUGGACCGCUGCGAGGACAUGCGCGAAAUGGCGGCGCUGCCGUCGACUGGUGUUGCGGCGCCAUCGUCAACGGCGCUCAUGGGGGGCGGCACCGAAGCCUCCCUCGUUGCUAACAAGAACGGUGAGUCGUCUGGUGCCGAGGUGGGAGGUCUUGUGGUCGGCACCUCGUCCGUCACAGCCUCCAUGGUAAACGCGUCAGCAGCGAACACGGCGCGGCUCAUCUCUCCGACGACGGACGCAAGGUUUUUGGGGAAGCUUCUGGAGAGCCACCGCAUGCGAAGCUACGGCUUUCGCUCCGCCACCGGUAUCCAUACGCUACUGGUGACCGUAGGCGGUGAUGCGCCGGCGGAUGCGAUGGUGCCGCUCUGCCGCGCCUUAUACGAGUGCGCCUCCGCGGCGCUGUGCAAUCCGUUUCGAUCUCCAGCUCAGUGCUGGCGCGCUCAGGAGCAGCUGCUGUGGCGAGCGCCGUCGUCUGCGCUUGAGGGUGAGACAGCCGGCGCGACGACAUCGCAGCUUGCGGAGGGGGCGGAAGGCAAAUAUGAAAGCCAGAGAUGCCCUCCCUGCACGCAAGGCGGAGCUGCUGCCUCUGCUGCAAGAUGGACUUCCUUUCCAUCCGGAGCGAUGGAGUGGAGCUGGCCGCGGCCGGCCCCGACCUCCCCCGCGGCUCUCACUGCGGAGCCAACGCUGGCGCUGUCGCGCACCUUCAAUACACAGCUUGAGAAGCUGCUGUCGAGCUUCACCGUCACGGCGCGGAGCUGCAUCGUUCAGUGA